CUUAAAAGCAUAUAAAUUCAAAUCAAGCCAAUUCUAGAAGUGAUUCAUUUUUACUUCUUUUUAUCUUUCUCAUCACUUCAUUACAUUAUUAUUCCAUCCUUCUUACAUUUAUUUUGUUUCUUUUUCCAACGACAGUAACAAAUAUUCAAUGGCUGGUAGUGGUGAUGCUGCGAAAAAUGCCCUUGAAUCGUUAUUCAAUAAAACCAAAGAAGUGGUCCAAACAGCUGCAGAAACAACGAAAGAAUAUGCGAAUGUAGCAAUUGGCAAAAUUAUUCCAAAUUCUGGUUCACAAGGAGCUACAACCAGUCCAAAUUCGACAACCGAACAAACAAAUCCAACGGGAACAGGUGGUGCACCAGCUGUUGCUCCACGUGGUGCAUCCAAUAAUUGACAAUGAUUUCAGCCAAGAAGUCCAGUCCAUUUAUCAUACAUUUGCUAUUCCAUUUCUUCCUCUUCCAUUUUCCAAAAAAAAAAAAAAAAAAAGGC